AUGUUCUUGUGGACUGCGCUAAGGCGGAUCGUUUACAUCGCCUACUCCUCUACCACCGAUUUCCUCUAUGUCGCCGGUCUCUACGUUUGGGACUUUGUCCUGGUCAUCCUCAACCUCAUCAUCCCUGAUUACGCCCACGGCAAGGUGAUCAGCACCGGCAGCCCCGGCGCUGGCGGGAAAUGGCCCGCUUACAUUGCUCCUGAGGCGGGAGCCAGCAGGUCGCCGUGUCCGGGACUGAACGCUCUCGCCAACCAUGGAAUUCUUCCUCGCGACGGGAAGAACAUCAAGUUCGCCGACCUCCCCGCGGCGAUCCGCAAGGCGUACAACAUGUCGCACCCGUUCUCGAUCCUCCUCCCGCGCCAGGCCGCGCAGCUGCUCAACCGCGACCCCGCGAGCGACUCGUUCGACCUCUCCGACCUGAGCGUGCACAACAUGAUCGAGCACGACGCCUCGUUCUGCCGGAAGGACAUCUACUACGACCCCCUGCAGUCCACAGAGGACGCGUCCGCCAUCGACGUCCUCCUCUCGUCCGGGCCGCAGACGCUCGCCGCGGCCGACCUGUCGAACUUCCUCGGCAAGCGCCGCGUGGAGUGCCGCAAGAACAACCCGCAGUUCAGCCUCUCGCUCGGCCAGAAGUUCAUCGGGAGCACCAACGCGGCCUUCAUUCUGAAGGUGUUCGGGGGCGUCGUCGCGGACCUGCGCGCGUUCCUGGGCGAGGAGCGGCUGCCCGACGGGUGGGAGCCGCGCACGCGCCACCGGAUGGGGCUCACGAUGACGGAGAUCAACCUGAAGAUCGCGCACGUCGAGCUCGGGGUGAAGGAGGAGGUCGACGGGACAAUGUCUGCUCCUCGGGGUCCGCUCGUGACGAAGGAUUCGACGGCGGAGUAG